UAUCGCAUUCGAGCAAAGCUUAUUCCAAUGAAGAGACCGGAUUCAUUUGCCUCUGAAAGUCGUUCCUGGAUAUUUGAGAUCCGAUAUCACACUAUUAGUGUUGAUAAGCAUGUGCGAAUUAUGAUACUCAAAUUAAAGAAGAGAAUAUGUGUACCUCGUCGAUGGCCGCCCUGGAGUUCUGGACCCUGCCAAUGGCGAUCAAAAAUAUUGCAUGCAUCUAGACGGGAGCGGAAUUGGAGGAUUGAUGCUAUCUGCGCAAACUCAACGCAUUCCGCUAUUCCCGCUGACCCCAGAGCCUAAGUUUAGGUCCUCCCGAUUUAUUAGAAACGUGUGGCAGGAUUUGGGAUCAUAACCCUGGUUGAAGAACCUAUCGGGAGUGUUUUCACUAGGUACACGGUACUAUACUUCACUGGACGACCUAUGACGAUCGUGGUGAUGGUAGUUAUGCGACAAACAGCUACCAUCUCAUAAUUCUUAUUCAGUCAAUACAAUGUUAGGAAUUUGGAUAAGACCCAGCAAGCUUCAGUCAUUUUACUUCGUUCUACACUAAGACACAAAAUAGCGGUGCCCAUGUCGUGAUAUAUACUUCGAUUGAUGAUAUCGGACUUGAAUUGAAGAAAGUAAAGACCAAAGAGCGUUCUACAUACUUAGCCGUGCGAAAUGGCGGUGAUUAUACGCAAAAUAAAAUAAAAAACUUUACGGAUUCCACGGUAGUCGCUGAAUAAGGGCAACCAGAUUCGUAAACACUACCAGACGCUGACCCCCACUCUCCUCUACCCUUUGCGAGUCAGUUGCUCAUGAUUGACGGAAUGCUCCGACUCAUUUACAAGGGCCAUUCCUCCGGUGGGUCACCCCGAAGUGGUAGGAUAAGCUCAUUGAAAACACGACGCACUUCACAUAUAAUUUUU